AUCUUCUUCCCUUUAUUUGUCAUUCAUCCUAUGACCUCAUCCCAGCUCUACUCUGGACCGCUAACGAACCUCUUACAGAUGUGAACACUUCAAAGUGAUGUUAGUCUGCAAGAACGUCCAUCUCUACAACCAAACACACACACAGCUUCACACGCUGACUGUUUGAGGAGUUGUACAUCAAGAAUAAUCACCAUUAAACUUUAAAAACAUAACAUUCUGCAAACACAACAUCUCAAGAUCAAAAUGAACUCGUUUCCUGGUUCAAGAUGACGUUUACCUGCACAACUUGGGAAAAGUUUUAUUCGUUCAGUUCUGCAGAAGAGGAGAGUUCCUUCUAGUAAAAAAGGGAAUGUUACAUAAGAUGAGAUAAACCUUUAUUAAACCCCAGAGAAUACAAUUCAGGUGUUGCAGCAGCACAAGGUCAGAAAUAAGUACAGAUACAUAGAGAAGUCAAACAUAAUAAACGGUUUAUUCAACUAGAAUAAAGGUAUAAGAAGAGCAUUCUUUACAGCUUACGGUAUUUUUCACCUUCAACCACUCAACUUAUACACACAGACAGCAGUGACACAUUCACAUAGUAUUAGCCCCCCCCCCACACACACACACACACACACACACACUGUACCCAACACUGGCACUGUGACUGGGGUGAAGGGCACGGCUGCGAUAAGGUCUCGAGUAGAGGGCUAAAUGUGGAAAGUCAAAACUGAUAAAGAAGUAACCCAUCGAACCGACGAACCCAGGAGGCACUCAGACAUCACAUGAGGCGGCCGAGACUAGACGACGAAGUCCGGGACGAGUUUGAGGUAAAAAGGAGACUCUGAAAGGUUGACGAAGAAGUUCAGACGAAAAGCGUGACAUCGAGGAAACUGUGCAAGACUGUCUUAAGACAUUCAGAAGGAGAAAUAAGAGACCAGGAGCCUGAGAAGAGAAGAGUGGCGUAAAAUAAAUAAGUAGCUACGAUAAUCAAAAGAACGUUUGGAAAGCUAGAAGGCAGAAGGAGACACUGAGGAAGACGAAGAGGAAGAUUCGUUGAGAGGCCAUACAUCGGACGAGAGGUGUUCGACAUGGAGGACGAGGCCUCAGCUGAGUCCGUCCAGGAGACGACGUCAUCGACGGAGACCACGACUACGAGGACGGACGAAGAGGAGGAGGAAGAGGUAGAAACUGAGGAAGUAAGAGAGGAAGAGAAGGAGGCAGGAGAAGAAGGGAACAAAGAGGAAGAGGAGGGUCGGGCGAAGAAGCUGCAGGGAGCUUGGGAAUCAGAGGCCUCCUCUGACGUUAAGCCUCCGCUACCAGACCCGGCUUUCAACAGGAGGUGCAGCCUGCUCCUCAGUGACGUGAAGUAUAAAGAGGACUUUGAGAAGAUGAAAGGUCAGAGUCUGUUUGUUCCUGCAGCAGAACUCAUCCAUGCCAAGAACAUCAGCGCUGUGAUAUCUGAGUCGAAGUACAAGGAGGAGGGAAAGAAGGAGGCGUCCAUGUCUCUGUACUCCGUCCUACCAGAGACUCCUCAGACUCAGCAUGCCAGAGAGGCUUCAGAGCUGCAGAGUGAGAUUAAAUACAAAGGAAACGUGAAGACCUCCUCCUCGCUGUACUCGCUGCUGCCAGAAACCACCGAGACCCAGUUCAUCAAAGAGCUGACGGAGAUACUGAGUGAGAACAAGUACAAGGAGGAAGGAAAGAAGGAGAUGAGCAGCAGUUUGUACUCUCAGCUUCCUGAAACCACCGAGAUGCAGCGAGCCAAAGCCGUCCACGAGUUUCAGAGCGAGAACAAGUACAAAGAGGACGGGAGGAGGACGGCCUCCAUCUCUCUCUACUCUCAACUCGCCGACACUCCAGAAAUACAACACGCUCUGGAGAUGUCACAGCUGCACAGUGAGGUGAAUUACCGCCCUAAGGUGCUGGUUAAAGGAGCUCCAUCGUCUCUUUACUCUCAGCUGCCCGACACCUCGGACAUCCAGUUUGCCCGAGAGAUGACGGAGAUGCAGAGCAAGAGUAAAUACAAGGAGGACGGCAGGAGGAGACUCUCUCAGAGCUUCUACUCUCAGCUCUCUCAGACCGCCGACACUCAGUUUGCUAAAAGUGUCUCUGAGCUGCAGAGCGAGAUGUGUUUUAUUUUACAGAUGCGGUACAAGGAGGCGGGUAAGAAGGGCGUGAACUCCUGUUUGUACUCUCUUCUGCCGGAGACCCUGGAGACGGCUCACGCCAGAGAAGUGUCUGAGCUGCUCAGUGAGGUGAAGUAUAAAGAGGAGGGUAAGAAGGAGAUGAGCAUCAACCUGUACUCUCUGCUGCCGGAGACCAUCGACACCCAACACGCUAAAGAGGCGUCGAACCUGCAGAGUGAGGUGAAGUAUAAAGAAGGUGUGAAGCAGCAGAUCCAGAGCAGUUUGUACCAUCAGCUCCCAGAGACCACCGAGACACAGCUGGCCAAACAUCUGUCUGAGCUGCAGAGCGAGAACAAGUACAAGGAGGCGGGUAAGAAGGAGGCGAGGACGUCUCUGUACUCCCUCCUCCCUCACACCAUGGACACGCUGCACGCUAAAGAAGCUGCAGAGCUGCUCAGCGAGAUCAAAUGCAAAGAGAACGUGAAGAAGGAGACGGCCAGCUCGCUGUACUCCACUCUGCCUGACACGUCUGACACCAGCUUCUCCAGAGAGAUGACCAGCAUGCAGAGCGAGAACAAGUACAAGGAGGACGGGAGGAGGAGCCUCUCUCACAGUUUCUACUCUCAGCUUCCACAAACAGCCGACACUCAGUUCGCUAAAACGGUCUCUGAGCUGCAGAGCGAGAUGAAGUACAAAGAAGCAGCAAAGAAAGGAGUGAGCAGCUCUCUGUACUCGACUCUACCAGAGACUCUGGAGACGCAGCACGCUAAAGAGGCUUCACAUCUGCAGAGUCAGCUGAAGUACAAGCAGAGUUUAAAGAAAGACUCCAGUCUGUUCCACCUGAUGCCAGAAACCAAUGACACUCAGUUCGCCAGGCAGCAGACGGAGAUGCUCAGCGAGGUCAAGUACAAAGAGGAGGGUAAGAAGGAGAUGAGCGUCAGUCUGUACUCUGUGCUCCCCGACACCAUCCUCACCCAGCAUGCUAAGCAGCUCACGGACAUGCAGAGUGAGGCUAAAUACAAAGAGGCCGGUAAGAAGCAGACGUCAACGUCUCUUUAUCACCGACUUCCUGAAACUCUGGAGACGCAACACGCUAAAGAGGCCUCGCAGCUGCAGAGUCAGAUCUCGUACAAAGAGGCGGUGAAGAAGCAGUCAUCAUGUCCAGUUUACCACCAGCUGUCCGACACUCUGGAGACGCAGUUCGCCCGAGAGCUCACCGACAUGCAGAGCCAAGUAUGAGCAAAGCUGCUUCACAGCCGCACAUUUUAGAUACGACGUUAAAGCAGCAAAAGUAGAUCCUCAAGUUUUUACAAUGCACAUCAUCCUGAUUCGAUAAUAAUAUUUGAUAUUUAGAGAAACAUGAGACAUGUUGUUGUUAUUGCAACUCUCAGCACAAGAUCCACUUAAAGUCACUAUGAGGAACUUUGAACUGGUUCUGAACCAGUCUCAGUGUAGUCCUGAUCCUCUAUGUGAACCAGUCUCAGUGUAGUCCUGAUCCUCUAUCAG